GUUCAUACUGAAGUCAAAUGUGAGGAAUAGAGCCCAUCCUGAAGGUUCAAUUGCUGAGUGGUAUAUAGCAAAUGAAUCUAUAACAUAUUAUUCUAGAUACUUUGGAGGUGUUGAAACAAAUUUUAAUCAAUCAUUAAGGAAUGAUGAUGAAAUUGAUCUGCCCCCACCACAAAAUGCUCCUUUGCUUAUUGUACCAGGUCGUCCAAUUGGAAAAGUAUUUGAUGCAAUUCUUGAUGACCAAACACGUAUGCAAGCACAUCGAUAUGUUCUAUACAAUUGUGAUUCCAUCACUCCAUUCAUUGAGUAUGCAUUAAAAACUUUGAUUUGUUUAUUUAUAUUUGAUUUGUGAUAUAUUUUUAAUAACAUUUUGAUAUAUUAUGGUAAAUUUUCUUAACAGGGAGCAUCAAAACAUAAUUAAAAGACAAAAUUGUAGUAAAAAUCGUAAUCGUGGAGCUUCUGAAACAGAGUUAGAAAUACUUCAUAAUUCAACAUUUAUUAGUUGGUUCUGCUCUCAUGUUGAUAGAUUAUCAGAGUUAAAUAGUCCACAAGUCACUAACCAUGUUAAAUGGUUAAGUCAAGGACCAAAUUUUGUUGCAAAAAGAUAUAAAGGGUACAUCAUCAACGGGAUAAGGUUCCACACUAAAGAAAGGGAGGGUAAGAGGAAGACACAAAAUAGUGGUGUUAUGGUCAUGGCAAAAGCAUCAAGUUCUGAAGAAGAGAUUGUUUAUUAUGGUGUGAUAAAUGAUAUAAUUGAGCUGAAUUAUUAUGAAAUGUUUAAAGUUGUGUUAUUUAAAUGUGAUUGGGUUGAUGUAGAGUGGGGAAAAGGGAUAAGAAAAGAUGAACUUGGUUUCACACUUGUGAACUUAUCAAAGCUAAUCCAUACUAGAGUGCAUUUACAUGAUGAACCAUUUGUUUUUGUAUCACAAAUGCAAAAAGUUUUUUAUGUUCAAGAUGCAUUACAAUCUGAUUGGAAUGUUGUUGUUAGAACAAAAUCUCAUGACUUGUAUGAAAUGGGAGAGGAGCUUUCAUUAGAGUCAAAUUUUGGGCUUUCUAUAAAUGGUGGUGAUAUCAUUGGAUCUAGCAAUGCAGAAUUUGAAGAAGAUAAUUGGACCAGGAAUGAUAUUGAUGACAUAAUUGUUGAUAUAGAGGAGGGAGCUAAAAAAGUUGAUGAUGCAUUAGAAGAAGAAUAAUGCAUCAC